CAUUUCCCCUUUCUGAAACCCUAGCAGCCACAACACCAUCUCUGGAAUAGCAUCGACUCCUGCUUCCUAAAACCAAAACCACACAAACUCGGCUUCAUUUCUGUAACUCGAGAGCUUCGGUGAGAUGAAGGAGAAGAGCAGAGAGAUGGGCUCAAGUCGGCGGGCGGAAGAGAUCUUCAGGGAUUAACGGUACUCCGAUCUCUCUCUCUCUCCUCCGUUUCUCUCUCUUAAUUUCCUUUUGGUUUUGCAAAUCUCUGACCUUUUGGGUGAUGUUGUUUUCUCAUGUGGACAGAGAAAGAGAGGUCGAGCAAGGUUUUGUCGAUUUCAGUCAACUUGGGCUACCCCCAACGUCCAAUGAGCUCAAUGCAGGCAUCUCAACUCAAUUACUACAAACCCUAUUUAAGGUGAAAGCUGUUGUACACUAUGGAAUUGCAGGAAAUGCAGAUCCCCAACUCCAAAUUGGAGAUGUCACCAUCCCUCAAUUUUGGGCUCAUACAGGCCUUUGGAAUUGGCAGAAUUUUGGGUCGUUGGAGGCAGAAGUUGGUAGCUUUGCUUGACAUGAUGAGUUAUAUAAUUAUACACCCAAUUGACUUUGAUCUUUAUAUUU